CCCAUUUUUCCUAGCAUCCCUUUGUUUGUAAUCAAUGUCUAUAUUUAAAGUGGGUUUCUUGGAGAUAAAUGACACCCUGAUAAUAUGACACCCUGUUUUAGUUGGUGUAUUCAUCAUUCACAUUUAAAGUGAAAUUUGAUAUAGAGUUGGAUUAAUAUGUACCAUGCUUGCAUUUGUUUCCUUUUUCAACUUCCCCCUUUCACCUUUGGUUUUAAUUGAACAUUUAAAAGAUAUUUAUUUUUUUGAGAGAGACAGAGAGAGAGAGAGACAGAGAGAGAGAGUGAGAGCAAGCAGGGGAGGGGGAGAGAGAGAAUCCGAAGCAGGCUCUGUACUGUCAGCCUGAAGCAGGGCUGGAUCUCACAAACCAUGAGAUCAUGACCUGAGUCUAAACCAAGAGUUGGGUCCACUUUUAAAUAACACUACAGUUUUCCCCUACUAUCUUAAAGAAGAGUGUUCUUAUGAAAUCUUUCAUAAGCUGAAAUAGCUUACCAUGAAGAAGCAAUUACAACUAAUUUGUAUGGAAAAAAUUUAAAGCAUUCCCAGACCCCCAGAAAAACCUCUUUGUAGGCUUUUCCUGAUACCUUAGGACACACCUUACUAAUGGAUUCACAAGGUGAAUUGAGAUAAAGCACAAAUGCUCGGAAACACAGUUAAAAGAUAGAGGCUGGGUGUAGUUCCCAGGGAAGGAGCUUGGCAGUGCUACUAUUGCUGCUCAGCGUGUGUACUGUCUCUGUAAUAACAGCUUGCUGCAGAACAAACGUUAAAUGCUGUUUUCACUUUUUGCUCUUUUCUGUAAGAGUCAAAAUCCUCUUUGAAUUUCUUUUGAUUAGUUAAAACAAAUAUUAAUGUAGGUCUUUCAUAAAAGUGAAGUAGCAUGACACUAACAUUAGAAAAGUGGGAGAUACCUGUAUAUCACUUCACAAGUAGUAUAGGUACCUUGUAACAGUAUUCUUGAUUCCUUUUCCUUUUUUUCAAAUAUAAUUAAUUGUCAAAUUGGCUUACAUACAACACCCAGUGCUCAUCCCAGCAAGUGCCCUCCUCAGUGCUCAUCCCAGCAAGUGCCCUCCUCAAUGCUCAUCACCCAUUUUCCCUCUCCUCAGUUUGUUCUCUGUAUUUAAGAGUCUCUUGUGGUUUGCCUCCCUCCCUCUCUGUAACUUUUUUUUUCCCCUUCCCUUCCUCCAUGGUUUUCUGUUCAGUUUCUCAAGAUCCACAUAUGAGUGAAAACAUAUCUGUCCUUCUCUGACUGACUUAUUUCACUCAGCAUAAUAACUUCCAGUUCCAUCCACGUUGCUGCAAAUGGCAUGAUUUCAUUCUUUCUCAUUGCCAAGUAGUAUGCCAUUGUAUAUAUAAACCCCAUCUUCUUUAUCCAUUCAUCAGUUGAUGGACAUUUAGGCUCUUUCCAUAAUUUGGUUAUUGUUGAAAGCACGGCUAUAAAUGUUGGGGUACAUGUGUCCCUGUGCAUCAGCACUCCUAUAUCCCUUAAAUAAAUUCCUAGUAGUGCUAUUGCUUGUUCAUAGGGUAGUUCUACUUUUAAUUUUUUGAGGAACCUCGACACUGCUUUCCAUAGCGACUGCACCAGUUUGAAUUCCUACCAACAGUGCAAGAGGGUUCCUGUUUCUCCACAUCCUCGCCAGCAUCUGUUGUUUCCUGAGUUCAUUUUAGCCACUCUGACUGGUGUGAGGUAGUAUCUCAAUGUGGCGUUGAUUUGUAUUUCCCUGAUGAUGAGUGAUGUUGGCCAUCUUUUCUUGUGUCUGUUGGCCAUCUGGAUCUCUUCUUUGGAGAAGUGUCUAUUCAUGUCUUCUGCCCAUUUCUUCACUGGAUUAUUUGUUUUUAGGGUGUGGAGUUUGGUGAGUUCUUUAUAGGUUUUGGGUACUAGUGCGUUAUCCAAUAUGUCAUUUGCAAAUAUCUUUUCCCAUUCCAUCGGCUGCCUUUUAGUUGUGUUGAUUGUUUCCUUUGCAGUGCAGAAGCAUUUUAUCUUGAUGAGGUCCCAAUAGUUCAUUUGUGCUUUUAAUUCCCUUGCCUUUGGAGCUGUGUUGAGUAAGAAAUUGCUGCGGAUGAGGUGAAAGAGGUUGUUGCCUGCUUUCUCCUGUAGGGUUUUGAUGGUUUCCUGUCUCACAUUUAGGUCUUUAAUCCAUUUUGAGUUUAUUUUUAUGAGUGGUGUAAGAAAGUGGUCUAGUUUCAUUCUUCUACAUGUUUCUGUCCAGUUCCCCCAGCACCAUUUGCUGAAGAGACUGUCUUUUUUCCAUUGGAUGUUCUUUCCUGCUUUGUCAAAGAUUAGUUGGCCAUACAUCUGUGGGUUCAAUUCUGGGUUCUUUAUUCUAUUCCAUUGGUUUAUGUGUCUGUUUUUGUGCCAACACCAUGCUGUCUUGAUGAUUACAGCUUUGUAGUAGAGGCUAAAGUCUGGGAUCGUGAUGCCUCCCACUUUGGUUUUCUUCUUUAAUAUUACCUUGGCUCUUUGGGGUCUUUUGUGGUUCCAUACAAAUUUUAGGAUUGUUUGUUCUAGUUUUGAGAAGAAUGCUGAUGCAGUUUUGAUUGGGAUUGCAUUGAAUGUGUAGCUUGCUCUGGGUAGUAUUGACAUUUUAACAAUAUUUAUUCUUCCAGUCCAUGAGCAUGGAAUGUUUUUCCAUUUCUUUGUGUCUUCUUCAAUUUCCUUCAUAAGCUUUCUAUAGUUUUUAGCGUACAGAUCUUUUACAUCUUUGGUUAGGUUUAUUCUUAGGUAUUUUAUGGUUCUUGGUGCAAUUGUAAAUGCGAUCAAUUUCUUUGUUUCUCUUUCUGUGACUUCAUUAUUAGUGUAUGAGAAUGCAACUGAUUUCUGUACAUUGAUUUUGUACCCCGUGACUUUGCUGAAUCCAACUCUUUUGGUGGAAUCUUUCAGGUUUUCCAUGCAGAAUAUCAUGUCUCCGAAAAGUGAAAGUUUGUCUUCUUUGCCAAUUUUGAUGCCUUUUAUUUCAUUUUGUUGUCUGAUUGCCGAUGCUGGGACUUCCAACACUAUGUUAAACAACAGUGGUGAGAGUGGGCAUCCCUGUCGUGUUCCUGAUCUCAGGGGGAAAGCUCUCAGUUUUUCCCCAUUGAGGAAGAUAUUAGCUGGGGGCUUUUCAUAUAUGGCUUUUAUGAUGUUUAAGUAUGUUCCUUUUAUCCCAACUUUCUUGAGGGUUUUUUUUUUAAAAACACUAUUUUAAUGUUUUUAUUUAUUUAUUUAUUUUUGAGACAGAGGGAGACAGAGCACAAGUGGGGAAGGGGCAGAGAGAGAGGGAGACACAGAAUCUGAAACAGGCUCCAGGCUCUGAGCAGUCAGCACAGAGCCUGACGCAGGGCUUGAACUCAUGAACUGUGAGAUCAUGACCUCAGCCGAAGUCAGAUGCUUAACCGACUGAGCCACCCAUGCUCCCCUUGAGGGUUUUUAUUAAGAAAGGAUGUUGUAUUUUGUCAAAUGCUUUUUCUGCAUCUAUUGACAGGAUCAUAUGGUUCUUAUCCUUUCUUUUAUUAAUGUGAUGUAUCACACUGAUUGAUUUGUGAAUAUUGAACCAACCCUGCAGCCCGGGAAUGAAUCCCACUUGAUCAUGGUGAAUAAUUAUUUUUAUAUGCUGUUGAAUUCAUUUUGCUAGUAUCUUGUUGAGAAUUUUUGCAUCCAUGUUCAUCAGAGAUAUUGGCCUGUAGUUCUCCUUUUUUGUGGGGUCUCUGUCUAGUUUGGGAAUCAAGGUAAUGCUGGCUUCAUAGAAUGAGCCUGGAAGUUUUCCUUCCCUAUUUUUUGGAACAGCUUGUGAAGGAUAGGUAUUAACUCUGCUUUAAAUGUCUGGUAGCAUUCCCCAGGGAAGCCAUCUGGUCUAGGACACUUAUUUGUUGCGAGAUUUUUGAUAACUGAUUAAAUUUCUUCACUAGUUAUGGAUCUAUUCAAAUUUUCUAUUUCUUCCCAUUUUAGUUUUGGUAGUGUGUCCGUGUUUAGGAAUUUGUCCAUUUCUUCCAGGUUGAGCAGUUUGUUGGCAUACAGUUUUUCAUAGUAUUCUCUGAUAAUUGCUUGUAUUUCUGAUGGAUUGGGUGUGAUAAAUCCAUUUUCAUUUGUGAUUUUAUCUAUUUGGGUCCUCUUUCCUUUUUGAGAAGCCUGGCUUGAGAUUUAUCAAUUUGGUUUAUUUUUUCAAAAAACCAAUUCUUGGUUUCAUUGAUCUGCUCUACAGUUUUUUUUAGAUUCUAUUUUGUUUAUUUCUGCUUUUAUCUUUAUUAUUUCUCUUCUUCUGCUGGGUUUGGGGUAUCUUUGCUGUUCUACUUCUAUUUCCUUUAGGUGUGCUCUUAGAUUUUGUAUUUGGGAUUUUUCUUGUUUCUUGAGAUAGGCUUGGAUUGCAGUGUAUUUUCCUCUCAGGACUGCCUUCGCUGCAUCCCAAAGCGUUUGGAUUGUUGUCUUUUCAUUUUCAUUUGUUCCCAUAUUUUUAAAAAAUUUCUUCUUUAGUUACCUGGUUGACCCAUUUGUUCUUUAGUAGGAUGUUCUUUAACCUUCAUGCUUUUGGAGGUUUUGCAGACUUUUAAUGUGGUUGAUUUCAAGUUUCAUAGCAUUGUGUUCUGGCAGUGUGCAUGGUAUGGUCUCAGUUAUUUUAUAUUUAUUGAGGGAUUUUUUGUGACCCAGUAUGUGAUCUAUCAUGGAGAGUCUUCCAUGUGCACUCGAGAAGAAUGUGUAUUCUGCUUCUUUAGGAUGAAAAGUUCUAAAUAUAUCUGUCAAGUCUGUCUCAUCCAGUGUGUCAUUCAGCGCCAUUGGUUCUUUACUGAUUUUCUGUCUAGAUGAUCUGUCCAUUGUUAUAAGUGGAGUUUUAAUGUUCCCUGCAUUUACCACAUUCUUUCCAAUAAGAUUGCUUAUUUUUGUGAUUGUUUUAUAUGUUUGGGUGCUACCGAAUUUGGUGCAUAAACAUUUAUAAUUGUUAGCUCUUCUUGAUGGAUAAACCCUGUAAUUAUUAUAUAAUGCUCUUCUUCAAUUGUUGUUAUAGCCUUUAGUUUAAAAUCUAGUUUGUCUUAUAUAAGAAUGGCUACUCCAGCUUUCUUUUGACUUCAGUAGCAUGAUAGAUGGUUCUCCAUCCCCUCACUUUCAAUCUGAAGGUGUCCUCAGUUCUAAAAUGGGUCUCUUGUAGACAGCAAAUAAAUGGGUCUUAUUUUUUUAUCCAUUCUGGUACCCUAUGUAUUUUGAUUGGAGCAUUUAGUCAAUUUACAUUCAAUGUUAUUGAAAGAUAAGGGUUUAGAUUCAUUGUGUUCUCUGUAGGUUUCAUGCUUGUAGUGAUGUCUCUGGUCGUUUGUGGUCUUUGCAGCAGAGUCCCUCUUAGGAUCUCUUGUAGGGCUGGUUUAGUGGUGAUGAAUUCCUUCAAUUUUUGUUUGGGAAAACCUUUAUGUGUUACUUUUCUGAACCACAGGCUUGCUGGAUAAAGGAUUCUUGGCUGCGUAUUUUUCCUAUUCAGCACAAAGAAAAUUUCCUGCCACUCCUUUUUGGCCUGCCAAGUUUCAGUAGUUAGGUCUGCUACUACUCUUAUGUGUCUACCCUUGGAGAUUAAAGCCUGUUUAUUCCUAACUGCUUUCAGAAUUCUCUGUCUUUGUAUUUUGCUAGUUUCACUAUGAUAUGUAAUGCAGAGGAUCGAUUCAAGUUACAUCUGAAGGGAGUUCUCUGUGCAUCCUGGAUUUCAGUGUCUGUUUCCUUCCCCAGAUUGGGGAAGUUCUCAGCUAGAUUUGUUCAAGUACACCUUGGCCCCUUUCUCUCUCUCUCCAUCUGGAACUCCUAUGAUACGUAUAUUGUUCCCUUUCAUCGAAUCACUUAGUUGUCUAAUUCUCCCCUCGUGAUCCAGAAUUUUUUAUCUUUUUGUAAGCUUCAUCUUUUUCCAUAAAUUCAUCUUCUAUUUCACCUGUUCCUCCCUCUGCCUCUUUAGUCGUCACUGUCACCACCUCUACUUUAUUUUGCACCUCAUUUACAGCAUUUUUUAAUUCAUUAUGACUAUUUUUUAUUUCCUUGAUCUCUGCAGCAGAAGAUUCUCUGCUGUCUUCUAUGCUUUUUUCAAGCCCAGCAAUUAGUCUUAUUACUAUUAUUCUAAAUUCUUGUUCAAUUAUAUUGUUUAUAUGUGUUUUGAUCAAUUCUUUAGCUGUCAUUUCUUCCUGGAAUUUCUUUUGAGGAGAAUUCUUCUGUUUUGUCAUUUUGGCUAGUUUGCUGUCCCUUAUGUGUUUUAGAAGCUUGUUAUGUGCCUGCACCUGUGAGCAUUACUAUAUUAAAGAGGGGUCAUACACUGUCCCGGGGCUGGCCCUUCAGGAGGUGUUUUUUUUGGAGAGUGUUACUUGCUCUCUUUUGUUGUGACUUUGGUUACUUUAUCUCCCUACUUGUAGUGCUGUUGUGGACCCUCCACCAGGUGUGCUUUGAUUUCAUUGAAGUAGCCCUGGAAAGGAAAACAAACAAAAAAGAAACAAAAAACCAGAAAACAAAAACAUACAAACAACCAACCAAAAACAAAAAAUCAGAAACUUCAGCUGUAAGUCAACAACAGGGUGGAGGCAGUGUUGAUGGAAGAGGCCUUAUCCCAUACAAGGAUAGAAAUGACAGGGGCAGUGGGAAAAGAAAAAACAAAAAUUGGCCAGGACGAGAAACUCCACGGCUUAAUCCAGAGAGAGAGAGAAAGGAAAAUAAAGAAGGAGGCAGGGAAAAAGAAAAGAAAAUAAAAUUGAGCAAAGAAACUAUAUGGCUUAAUCCAGAGAGAGAGUAAGGAAAAUAAGGAAGGAGGUGGGGAAAAAGAGAAAAUAAAAUUGAUCAGACAUAAACUGUAUGGCUUAAUCCAGAGAGAGAAAGGAAAAUAAAGAAGGAAGUGUAAAGCAUGUGUCAAGAGAAAGGAUAAAAUAUGUCUGCUUAAACAAACCAACAACCAGAGUAACCAGACUAGAGGAGGGAAGAGAUAAGGAGGAAAGGAAGGAAGAAUAUGUUUAUAUAAUAAGAAUUGCCGGAGAAUUAAAUUAGGCAAUGCAAGAGCACUGAUCUGGAGAAGGGGCUGUGUGGUUGUCACUUCAAUCCUGCUCGAGUAGAUAUGCAGUUAUCAGCCACAGAAGGGCGUGGUUUGGUGUAUGCCAUCCGGCCUCCACUGUGGGCCUGCUGUCCAUUCCCUGAAGCCCCACCUUGUUGGUGAUGGGAGAAAAAUGACGACUCUCCAGUCUCUCCUCCAUGGACCAGGUGUCCCAAACCACUCUGUUCAAGCAGUCCUCACUGUGCCGCAGGCAUAAACAGGGCAGUUUGUCCUGCUCCACCAACUCCCAUGCCUCCCUGGUGCUUGGCUGGGAUUCAGAUUCCUGCACAGUGCACCCCAUACUGGGGGAGUGCCGCUCUGUGCCGUCCCAUAUAUGAUUUCUGGCUGGCAGGUGCAGGCAGUCUUUGUCUUUCCAGUGGAUAUAAACCCUCGUCUCACAGCACUCCAGGGAGGGGAUUGCUUUCUCCUACUGCGGACCAUGCCCCUGACCUAGCCAAUGAGUCCGAGGCUGGCUCCCCUCCUCCCCAGGUGUGCAGUCAGGGCAGCUGGCCCCAGUCUGGAGAAAGCCCCUCAGAGAUUCGAACUUUCUGCACUCUGGUCCAUGUUUUUUUUUUUUUUUUCUUUCUUGUCCAGAUACAGCCGUAUGCUUCUCUAGCCUCUCUUUCUCUUCUCUUUGUCUCUCUGCAGAAGGGGAUCCCUCCCCUCCAUUUGUUUUAUCUCUCCCAGUCUACAGUCAUGCACCUAUGGCCCGUCGGAUUGUCCCAGUGGGUCCCUGGAAGUGACUGUUGUCUCUUUGUCUUUUGGACUCUUGGAGUUUAAAGUCCUUUGGCUUCAGUACUGCUUUGAGAGAUGAGGGAACUUUGGAUGCCCUUACUUCUCCGCCAUGUUGGCCCUUCUCUCUUGAUUACUUUCCUUACCCAUAAGCUAUAAUCACCCAGUACAUUUUUGCAUCUAUUAGUUUGAAUAGUUACCUAUUAGAUCAGUUAGGAAUAAGAAAAAUAGAAGAUGUUAUUUUACCUUCAUUUAUUCCUUCUCUUAUGUUCUUCCUUCAUGUAGAUCUGUGUUUCUGACCUGUAUAAUUUUUUUUUCUCUCUGAAGAACUUUUAACGUUUCUUGCAAGGCAAGUCUACUGUUGAUAGAUUACUGCAGCUUUUGUUUGUUGAGAAAGAGUAGUUUGUUUUCACUUUUGAGGGAUUGUUUUGCUGGAUACAUUAUUCUACAUUGGUGUUUUAUUUUUCUUUCAACUUUAAAAAUAUUCCACUCUCUUUCUGCUUGUGUGGUUUCUGACAACAUAUCAGAUAUAGUGCUUAUCUUUGUUCUUCUGUAGAUAAGAUGUCUUUUUCUUCUGGCUAAUUUUAAUAUUUUUCUCUCUUUGGUUUUCUGUUUGCAUGUGAUACCGCUAGGUGUAGAUACUUGGUAUUCAUCCUGCUUUGGUGUUCUUUGUGCUUCCUGCAUUGUGGUAUCUGUUACUAAUUUUGGAAGAUUUUCCCACCAUAAUUGCAACCAUUUCUUCUCCUUUUUCUUUUGUCCUUUGUAUUCCUGUUACAUAUAUGUUACCAUUUCUGUAAUUGUCCUACAGUUAUUAGUUUUUGUUUUAAGUUAUUUUUUAAAGCUUUUUGAUUUGUUUUGAGAGCGAGAGAGUGGGCAUAUGCAUGUGGGAGUAGGAAAGGGGAAGUGAGAGAGGAAGAAAGAGAAUCCCAAGUAGACUCCACGUUGUCAACACAGAGCUUGAUGUAGGGCUCAAUCUCACGAACUGCAAGAUCAUGACCUGAACUGAGAUUAAGAGUGGGAUGCUCAACCAACUGAGCCACCCAGGCACCCCUAGUUAUUAGUUUUACUGUUCCAUUUUUGUUUUGUUUUAUUUCAUUUUGGAAAGGUUUUUUGUUGUUUGCUUGGAAAGAUUCUUUUGACAUGUUAUCAGUGUCACUGUUUCUUUCCUCAUCAAGCUCAUUGAUUCUUUCCUUGACUGUGUCCAAUCUAAUAAUGAGCCUAUCAAAGGCAUUCUUUAUUUCUUUCACAGUGUUUCAGAUUUGUAGCAUUUCCUCUUGUUUAUUUAUUAGAGUUUUCCUCUCUCUGCUUACACUACCCAUCUGAUCUUGCAUGUUGUCUAUUUCUUCGAUUAGAGUCCUUAUCAUAUUACCCAUAGUUAUUUUAGAUUCUCCUGAUAAUUCUAAAAGUCUGUGUCUUAAAUAAGUCUGGUUCUGCUGCUCUCUGUUUCUUUAGAUUUUGGUUUUUCUUGCUUUCUUUUGUUAUUUUUUUGACCUUUUUUAAAAAAAGUCUUUUAGUGUUUAUUGUUUUUUGAGUGAGAGAGAGAGCGUGAGCAGGGAAGGGGCAGAGAGAGAUGGAGACACAGAACCUGAAGCAGGUUCCAGGCUCUGAGCUGUCAGCACAGAGUCCGAUAUGGGUCCUGAACUCAGGAACCUAGAGAUCAUGACCUGAGCUGAAGUCAUAUGCUUAACUGACUGAGCCACCCAGUUCCUCUCCUUUGGCCUUUUGGCAUGACUUGUAAUUUCUUUGGAAGCCAGAUGUUUCUGGUAGUGGGAAUUGAGGAUAUUGGCUUUAUUUAUUUAUUUAUUUACUUACUUACUUAUUUAAAUAUUUGUUUAUGUUUGAGAGAGAGCGUGAGCGCAAGUGGGGAAGGGGCAGAGAGAGUAGGAAACAGAGGAUCUGAAGCAGACCCUGCGCUGGCAGCAGAGAGCCUGAUGUGGGACUCGAACCCAUGAACCACGAGAUCAUGACAUGAGCCAAGUUUUGAAUGCUUAACUGACUGAGUCACCUGGGUGUCCCGAAGUUGUUCACUUUUAGUGUGAACUUUGUGAACUUUUAUGUUAAUCUAGCUAGGAACUGGGCUAUGUGUUGUUUGCUGUAGCUGUAGGUACCAGAGGAUUCAUUCCCUUAUAGUUUCUUUGUUAUAAUUCUUUUUUCCCUAUUUUCUUUCUGUUUCUCUAAGAAUUCCUUCUUUUUUUAAAUAUUUAUUUUGAUAGAGGGAGAAAAGAAUCCCAAGAGGACUCCAUGCUGUCAAGGACAAGAGCUCGACUCUGGGCUCAUGGGGAUCGAUGGGGUUUGAUCUCAGGAAUUGUGAGAUCAUGACCUGAGCCAAAAUCAGGAGUCAGACGCUUAAUUGACUGAGCCACUCUGGCACCUCAAGAAUUCCUUCUUUUUUUUUUGUUUAACGUUUAUUUUUUGGGAGAGAGAGAGAGAGAUAAUGCGAGAAGGGGAGAGGCAAAGAGAGUGGGAGAGACAGAAUUUGAAGCAGACUCCAAGCUUCGAGCUGUCAGCACAGAGCCUCAUGUGGGACUCAAACUCACAAAUCACGUGAUCAUGACCUGAGCUGAAGUCAGACAGUGGAGCCACCCAGGCGCCCCAAGAAUUCCUUCUAAAACAAAGUUUGUAUUCUGCUCACUUGAAAUUCAGUUAUUAUACUGGAUCUAUGUUAAUGUGAUAAAGGAGUUAGGGAGGGAUAGUAUUCUUUAAUCUUAAAAUUAAAUCUCAGUUAUUUUUAGUGGUCUUGAGUCUUUGGGCUGAGGCCUUGAGAUGUAUUUCUUAGCUGUCCACCACUGUUGGGUGAAAUAGGAAGACCAGAAGUGGCUGAGGUUGUCUAAUUGAAUUGCUCUUCCUUCAGGUAGAUUUUGUCCUAUUAAAGUAAUAUACCUUGAUAGCAUGACUUUGUUAAGAGAAUGCUCUGGGCUAUUUCAGUAUGGCUACUUUCCCCUUCUGCUAAAGGCACAAGAGGAUUUUCUACAGAUCUUAACUGUUUAAACCUGAAAACCUUAUGGGGGCUCCUAGAGGUAAACCCAGCAAAGUGUGGGCUCCCCACCUAAAACUGGGACUCCCGGAUUUUUUUUUUUUAACUCUCAAGUUAAUACAUUCUUAGCCUCUAAUGAUUCAUAACUUACUGUUGAAGUGUUCCCAUACCAGAUAAGCUGUAUCUGCCUGUCUCUCCGGUUUUCUUUUUUUUUUUUUAAUUUUUUUUAAAGUUUAUUUAUUAUUGAGAGACAGACAGGCACAGAGCAUGAGCAGGUGAGGGGCUGAGAGAUGGAGAGACACAGAAUCCAAAGCAGGAUCCAGGCUCUGCGCUGUCAGCACAGAGCCCUACGUGGGGCUCGAACUCACAAACUGCGAGAUCAUGACCUUGACCAAAGGCGGACGCUUAACCGACUGAGCCACCCAGGCGCCCCUGGAUUUCUUGGUAGUGAUUUGCCCUGUGACUUCAUGUCCCUAAAGGAUCUAAGAUACUAAUUUUCAGUUUGUUCAUCUUUUUUCUUGUCAGCAUAAAAGUGAGGACUUGUAAGCCCCUUACAUGUUGUAGCUGAGUGGCUAGUAUUUUUUUUAUUUUUUAUUUUUUUAAAUAAAUGGACCUGUGUGAAAUGGCAUAAUUGUCUGUGGCUUUAAUUUUGGUGCUCUUCUUUGUUUUAAAUGUUUGUGUAACCCCUUUCAGGUCUUGGUUUUUGUGAGGAUCAGGUUCUAAUUUUAGUUGGAAGUUUUGGGAAUUGAUCUUAAAAUUAUUUAUUUCUCUUAUUGUUAGCAAGUUAUCUUUAGUUGUUCCUGCAUCCAAGUAAGGAUAGUGUGGUAAGUGCAGUGGUUUAAACAUGAGCAGUAGAACGGGAGAACUCAGGUAAUUUCAUGUGUCCAUAAAAUGCUUUCUUAAAAAAUUAAACUAAUGUCAAUAAGUAUAUAUAAAAUGAUAAAGAUGGGGCAGAAGAUGGCGGCAUAGGAGGAUGCUGGGCUCACCGCGCGUCCUGCUGAUCACUUAGAUUCCACCUACACCUGCCUAAAUAACCCAGAAAACCACCAGAAGACUAGCAGAAUGGAGUCUCCGGAGCCCAGCGCAGACCAGAGGCCCACGGAAGAGGUGAAAGCAAGUUGAAUACAUUGGUGCAGAAGCUUCAUGACUUCCUGGCACACUCAUCAGAAGAAUCUGAAGAAACAAGUUCUCCUCCAAGACUUGUGAUGAACCAAAGCACAGAAAAAAACAGUGGUUCUGGAAAUAACUCGGAUAUGAUGGAAAACAGCAAGGAAGAGGGAGCUAGCUCUUCGGAAAAAUCCAAAUCAUGGGGAUCGUCACGAUCAAAAAGGAAACCUUCAAUUGUGACAAAGUAUGUUGAAUCUGAUGAUGAAAAACCUUUGGAUGAAACUGUAAAUGAAGAUGCUUCUAAUGAAAAUUCAGAAAAUGAUAUUACUAUGCAAAGCUUGCCAAAAGGUACAGUGAUUGUACAACCAGAGCCAGUGCUGAAUGAAGACAAAGAUGAUUUUAAAGGGCCUGAAUUUAGAAGCAGAAGUAAAAUGAAAACUGAAAAUCUCAAAAAACGCGGAGAAGAUGGGCUUCAUGGGAUUGUGAGCUGCACAGCUUGUGGACAGCAGGUCAAUCAUUUUCAAAAAGAUUCCAUUUAUAGACAUCCUUCACUGCAAGUACUUAUUUGUAAGAAUUGCUUUAAAUAUUACAUGAGUGAUGAUAUUAGCCGUGACUCUGAUGGAAUGGAUGAACAAUGUAGGUGGUGUGCAGAAGGUGGAAACUUGAUUUGUUGCGACUUUUGCCAUAAUGCUUUCUGUAAGAAAUGCAUUUUGCGCAACCUUGGUCGAAAGGAGCUCUCUACAAUAAUGGAUGAAAACAAUCAGUGGUAUUGCUACAUUUGUCACCCAGAACCUUUGUUGGACUUGGUUACUGCAUGUAAUAGCGUAUUUGAAAAUUUAGAACAAUUGUUGCAACAAAAUAAAAAGAAGAUAAAAGUUGACAGUGAAAAGAGUAAUAAAGUAUAUGACCAUACACCCAGAUUUUCUCCAAAGAAAAAUAAUUCAAAUUGUAAUGGAGAAGAAAAGAAAUUAGAUGAUUCAUGUUCUGGUACUGUAACCUACUCUUAUUCAGCACUAAUUGUGCCUAAAGAGAUGAUUAAGAAGGCAAAAAAACUGAUUGAGACCACAGCUAACAUGAACUCCAGUUAUGUUAAGUUUCUGAAGCAGGCAGCAGAUAAUUCAGAAAUCAGUUCUGCUACAAAGUUACGUCAGCUUAAGGCUUUUAAAUCUGUGUUGGCUGAUAUCAAGAAAGCUCAUCUUGCAUUAGAAGAAGAUUUGAAUUCAGAGAUUCAAGCUUUGGAUGCUGUAAACAAAGAGAAAAAUACCAAAGAGCAUAAAGUCAUAGAUGCUAAAUCUGAAACAAAAGUACGAAAGGGAGAAAAACCCUGUGCUUUGGAAAGGAAAGAUUUUUCAAAAUCAGAAGCUAAACUGUCAAGAAAGCAGGUAGAUAGUGAGCACAUGGAUCAGAGUAUUGUAGUACAGGAACAAAGAGCAAAUAAAAGUGCCAGUGGUGAACAUAAGAAAUCUGAUAAAAAAGAAGAACCUCAGUAUGAACCUACUAACACUUCUGAAGAUUUGGAUAUGGAUAUUGUGUCUGUUCCUUCCUCAGUUCCAGAAGACAUUUUUGAGAAUCUUGAGACAGCUAUGGAAGUUCAGAGUUCAGCAGAUAAUCAGGGAGAUGGCAAUAGUGGAACAGAGCAAGAAUUGGAGAAUUCUUCUGUAAAAUUAAGUAUUACUUCAAAAGACAACAGAGGAGGUAUUAAGUCAAAAACUACAGCUAAAGUAACAAAAGAAUUAUAUGUUAAACUCACCCCUGUUUCCCUUUCUAAUUCGCCAAUUAAAGGUGCUGAUUGUCAGGAAGUUCCACAAGAUAAAGAUGGCUGUAAAAGUUCUAGUCUGAACACCAAGCCAGAGAACUGUGGACUUGGAGAGGAAAAGAAUGAUAAUGAGCAUUUGUUUGAAAGUGAAGUUCCAUUACUUUCAGAAGAAUCUGAUCUUCGAAGAUCCCCACGUGUGAAGACUACACCCUUGAGGCGACAGACAGAAACCAAUCCUGCAACAUCUAAUUCAGAUGAAGAAAGUAAUGAAACAGUUAAGGAGAAACAAAAACUAUCCGUUCCAAUGAGAAAAAAGGAUAAGCGGAAUUCUUCUGACAGUGCUGUAGAUAAUCCUAAACCUAAUAAAUUGCCUAAAUCUAAGCAGUCAGAGAUUGUGGAUCAGAAUUCCGAUUCUGAUGAAAUGUUAGCAAUCCUGAAAGAGGUAUCCAGGAUGAGUCACAGUUCUUCUUCAGAUACUGAUAUUAAUGAAACUCAUACAAACCAUGAGAAGACUUUAUAUGAUUUAAAGACUCAAACAAGGAAAGAUGAUAAAGGAAAAAGGAAACGAAAAAGUUCUACUUCUGGCUCAGAUUAUGAUAUUAAGAAAGGCAAAUCAGCUAAAAGGUCUAUAAUUUCUAAAAAGAAACGACAAAACCAGUCUGAAUCUUCCAAUUAUGACUCAGAAUUAGAGAAAGAGAUAAAGAGCAUGAGUAAAAUUGGGGCUACCAAAACAACCAAAAAAAGAGUUCCAAAUAAAGAAGAUUAUGAUUCUUCUGAAGAUGAAACACACAGGAAAAAAGGAAUGGAUAAUCAAGGGCAGAAAAGUUUGAAGAUUGCACAAGAAGGAUCAUCUGAUGAUGCUGAAAGGAAACAAGAGAGAGAGAAUUUCUCUUCAGCAGAAGGCACAGUUGAUAAAGACAAGACCAUCAUGGACUUAAGAGAUCGAAUGUCUAAAAAGCAGCAGUCAGGUGUUUCUUCUGAUGGUGCUAAGUUGCCUUCAGGGAAAGAGGAGAGUUUUAAUUCUCCAGAAGACAAAAAGGUUGCUGAAACUAAAGAAAGGAGUAAGCAUUUGAAAACCAAAAUGGGUAAGAGAGUACAGACUGGAUUACUGGACAUUGCUGAGAAGUUCCCAAAGAAAGAGCAAAGUGAUGAAUCCUCUGAAGAUGAUAAAAAGCUGAGCAAAAAGGGAACUGAAGUAAAAGAAAAGAAAAUUACAGAUUUGAAGAAAAAUGUAAUUAAGAUGGAACAACAGUAUGAAUCAUCAUCUGAUAGCACUGAGAAAUUACCUGAGGGAGAAGAAAUUUCUCGUUUUCCUAAAGGAAUAAAACAAAAUAAGAAUGACACAACUUAUGGGGAAAAGAAAAGAAAACAAAUAAAAGAUAAAACUUCUGAAAAGAAGGAUGAAUUAUCUGAUAAGGCUGAGAAAUUACAGGGGAAAAGAGAUAGUUGUGAUUCUUCAGAAGAUAAAAAGAGUAAGAAUGGAGUAUCCAGUAGAGUGAAGAAAAGGUGCAACCUGCCUGAAAAGAGUUCAGCGAAGAGACGAGAUUGUUCAUCAUCUGAUACUGAGAAAUAUUCCAUGAAAGAAGAUGGUUGUGAUUCUUCUGAUAAGAGACUGAAAAGAAUAGAACUGAAGGAAAGAAGAAAUUUAAAUUCAAAGAGAAAUACCAAGGAAGUACAUAGUGGCUCAUCUUCUGAUGGUGAGGAAAGUUCUGAAGACAAUAAAAAGCUGAAGAAACAGAGAACUUCAGCUAAAAAGAAGGCAGUCAGUGUCAAGGAGAAAAUGAGAAACUCCCUGAGAACAAGCACUAAAAGGAAGCAAGCUGACAUUAGUUCAUCAUCUUCUGAUAUAGGAGAUGACCAGAAUUCUGUAGGUGAGGGGAGCAGUGAUGAACAGAAAAUUAAGCCUGUGACCGAAAAUUUAGUGCUGUCUUCACAUACUGGAUUUUGCCAAUCUUCAGGAGAUGAAGCCUUAUCUAAAUCAGUGCCUGUCACGGUGGAUGAUGAUGAUGACGACAAUGAUCCUGAGAAUAGAAUUGCCAAGAAGAUGCUUUUAGAAGAAAUUAAAGCCAAUCUUUCCUCUGAUGAGGAUGGAUCUUCAGAUGAUGAACCAGAAGAAGGAAAAAAAAGAACUGGAAAACACAAUGAAGGAAACCCAGGAGAUGAGGAAGCAAAACAUCAAGUCAAUUCUGAAUCAGAUUCAGAAUCUGAAGAAUCUAAGAAGCCAAGAUACAGACAUAGGCUUUUGAGACACAAACUCACUGUGAGUGAUGGAGAAUCUGGAGAAGAAAAAAAGAUGAAGCCUAAAGAGCACAAAGAAGCCAAAGGCAGAAAUAGAAGGAAAGUGAGCAGUGAAGAUUCUGAAGAUUCUGAUUUUCAGGAAUCAGGAGUUAGUGAAGAAGUUAGUGAAUCUGAAGAUGAACAACGGCCUAGAACAAGGUCUGCAAAGAAAGCAGAGUUGGAAGAAAAUCAGCGGAGUUAUAAACAGAAAAAGAAAAGGCGACGCAUUAAGGUUCAAGAAGACUCAUCCAGUGAAAACAAGAGUAAUUCUGAAGAAGAUAAAGAUGAAGAGGAAGAGGAAGAGGAAGAAGAAGAAGAUGAAAAUGAUGAUUCCAAGUCUCCUGGAAAAGGCAGAAAGAAAAUUCGAAAGAUUCUUAAAGAUGAUAAGCUAAGAACUGAAACACAAAAUGCUCUUAAGGAAGAGGAAGAGAGGCGAAAACGUAUUGCUGAGAGGGAACGUGAACGAGAAAAAUUGAGAGAGGUGAUAGAAAUUGAAGAUGCUUCACCCACCAAGUGUCCAAUAACAACCAAGUUGGUUUUAGAUGAAGAUGAAGAAACCAAAGAACCUUUAGUGCAGGUUCAUAGAAAUAUGGUUAUCAAAUUGAAACCCCAUCAAGUAGAUGGUGUUCAGUUUAUGUGGGACUGCUGCUGUGAAUCUGUAAAAAAAACAAAGAAAUCUCCAGGUUCAGGAUGCAUUCUAGCCCACUGCAUGGGCCUUGGUAAGACUUUACAGGUGGUAAGUUUUCUUCAUACGGUUCUUUUGUGUGACAAAUUGGAUUUCAGCACAGCUUUAGUGGUUUGUCCUCUUAAUACCGCUUUGAAUUGGAUGAAUGAAUUUGAAAAGUGGCAGGAAGGAUUAAAAGAUGAUGAGAAGCUUGAGGUCUCUGAAUUAGCAACUGUGAAACGUCCUCAGGAGAGAAGCUACAUGCUGCAGAGGUGGCAAGAAGAUGGUGGUGUUAUGAUCAUAGGCUAUGAGAUGUACAGAAAUCUUGCUCAAGGAAGGAAUGUGAAGAGUAGGAAACUUAAGGAAAUCUUUAACAAAGCUUUGGUUGAUCCAGGCCCCGACUUUGUUGUUUGUGAUGAAGGCCAUAUUCUGAAAAAUGAAGCAUCUGCUGUUUCAAAAGCUAUGAAUUCUAUACGAUCAAGGAGGAGGAUUAUUUUAACAGGAACACCACUUCAAAAUAACCUAAUUGAGUAUCAUUGCAUGGUUAACUUUAUCAAGGAAAAUUUGCUGGGAUCCAUUAAGGAGUUCAGGAAUCGAUUUAUAAAUCCAAUCCAAAAUGGUCAGUGUGCAGAUUCUACCAUGGUAGAUGUCAGAGUGAUGAAAAAGCGUGCUCACAUUCUCUAUGAGAUGUUAGCUGGAUGUGUUCAGAGGAAAGAUUAUACAGCGUUAACAAAGUUCUUGCCUCCAAAACAUGAAUAUGUGUUAGCUGUGAGAAUGACUCCUAUUCAGUGCAAGCUCUAUCAGUACUACUUAGAUCACUUAACAGGUGUAGGUAAUAGCAGUGAAGGUGGAAGAGGAAAGGCAGGUGCAAAACUUUUCCAGGAUUUUCAGAUGUUAAGUAGAAUCUGGACUCAUCCUUGGUGUUUGCAGCUGGACUACAUUAGCAAAGAAAAUAAGGGAUACUUUGAUGAAGACAGUAUGGAUGAAUUUAUAGCUUCAGAUUCAGAUGAAACUUCCAUGAGUUUAAGUUCCGAUGAUUAUACAAAAAAGAAGAAAACAAAGGGUAAAAAAGGAAAAAAAGAUAGUAGCUCAAGUGGAAGUGGCAGUGACAAUGAUGUUGAAGUGAUUAAAGUCUGGAAUUCAAGAUCUCGAGGAGGUGGUGAUGGAAAUGUGGAUGAAACGGGAAGCAAUCCCUCAGUUUCGUUAAAGCUGGAAGAAAGUAAAGCUACUUCUUCUUCUAAUCCAAGCAGCCCAGCUCCAGACUGGUACAAAGAUUUUGUUACAGAUGCUGAUGCUGAGGUUUUAGAACAUUCUGGAAAAAUGGUACUUCUCUUUGAAAUUCUUCGAAUGGCAGAGGAAAUUGGGGAUAAAGUCCUUGUUUUCAGCCAGUCUCUCAUAUCUCUGGACUUGAUUGAAGAUUUUCUUGAAUUGGCUAGUAGGGAAAAGACGGAAGAUAAAGAUAAACCUCUUAUUUAUAAAGGUGAAGGGAAGUGGCUGCGAAACAUUGACUAUUACCGUUUAGAUGGUUCUACUACUGCACAAUCAAGGAAAAAGUGGGCUGAAGAAUUUAAUGAUGAAACUAAUGUGAGAGGACGAUUGUUUAUCAUUUCCACCAAAGCAGGAUCUCUUGGAAUUAAUCUGGUAGCUGCUAAUAGAGUGAUUAUAUUUGAUGCUUCUUGGAAUCCAUCUUAUGACAUUCAGAGUAUAUUCAGAGUUUAUCGCUUUGGACAAACUAAACCUGUGUAUGUAUAUAGGUUCUUAGCUCAGGGAACCAUGGAAGAUAAGAUUUAUGAUCGUCAAGUAACUAAGCAGUCACUAUCUUUUCGAGUUGUUGAUCAGCAGCAGGUCGAGCGUCAUUUUACCAUGAAUGAGCUUACUGAACUUUAUACUUUUGAGCCAGACUUAUUAGAUGACCCUAAUUCUGAAAAAAAGAAGAAGAGAGAUACUCCUAUGCUGCCAAAGGACACCAUACUUGCAGAACUUCUUCAAAUACAUAAAGAACACAUCGUAGGAUAUCAUGAGCACGAUUCUCUUUUGGACCACAAAGAAGAAGAAGAGUUGACUGAAGAAGAAAGAAAAGCAGCUUGGGCUGAGUAUGAAGCAGAGAAGAAGGGACUGACCAUGCGUUUCAACAUACCAACUGGGACCAAUUUACCCCCUGUCAGUUUCAACUCUCAGACUCCUUAUAUUCCUUUCAAUUUGGGAGCCCUGUCAGCAAUGAGUAAUCAACAGCUGGAGGACCUCAUUAAUCAAGGAAGAGAAAAGGUUGUGGAAGCAACGAACAGUGUGACAGCAGUGAGGAUUCAGCCUCUUGAAGAUAUAAUUUCAGCUGUAUGGAAAGAAAACAUGAAUCUCUCAGAGGCCCAAGUACAGGCGUUAGCAUUAAGUAGACAAGCCAGUCAGGAGCUUGAUGUUAAACGAAGAGAAGCAAUCUACAAUGAUGUAUUGACAAAACAACAAAUGUUAAUCAGCUGUGUUCAGCGAAUACUUAUGAACCGAAGGCUCCAGCAGCAGUACAAUCAGCAGCAACAACAACAAAUGACUUAUCAACAAGCAACACUGGGUCACCUCAUGAUGCCAAAGCCUCCAAAUUUAAUCAUGAAUCCUUCUAACUACCAGCAAAUUGAUAUGAGAGGAAUGUAUCAGUCAGUAGCUGGUGGUAUGCAGCCACCACCAUUGCAACGUGCACCACCCCCAAUGAGAAGCAAAAAUCCAGGACCUUCCCAAGGGAAAUCAAUGUGAUUUUGCACUAAGCUUAAAUGGAUUGUUAAAAUCAUAGAAAGAUCUUUUAUUUUUUUAGGAAUCAAUGACUUAACAGAACUCAACUGUAUAAAUAGUUUGGUCCCCUUAAAUGCCAAUCUUCCAUAUUAGUUUUAAUUUUUUUUAAUAGGGCAUACCAUUUUUUCCUGACAUUUGUCAGUGAUGUUGCCUAGAAUCUUCUUACACACAUUGAGUACAGAAGAUAUUUCAAAUUGUUUUCAGUGAAAACAAGUCCUUCCAUAACAGUAACAACUCCACAGAUUUCCUCUCUAAAUUUUUAUGCCUGCUUUUAGCGACCAUAAAAUUGUCAUAAAAUUAAUGAAUUUAGCAAAGAAUACAGAUUUAUAUAUUCGUUCUUUACAUAUAAAAAUACACAGCUGAGUUCUUAGAGUUGAUUCCUCAAGUUAUAAAAUACUUUUGUACUUAAUCCAUUUCUUUAUUAAAGUGAUUGAAAUGGUUUUAAUGUUCUUUUGACUGAAGUCUGCAACUCGGCUCCUGCUGUUAUCAUCUCCGUGACUGAAAGUUAGAAACUAAGGGUUAUCUUUGACACAGAAUUGUGUGCAAUAUUCUCAAAUACUACUGUUCGAAAACUUGGAGGAGUCUUGCAGUUAUCUUAGCAUUGUAUAAACAGCCUUAAGUAUAGCCUAAGAAGAGAAUUCCUUUUUCUUCUUUAGUCUUUCGGCCAUUUUUUAUUUUCACUUAUAUGUGCUUAAAUAAUUACUGGUAAAAUUUCAGGGUUGUGGAUUAUCUCCCACACAUGAAUUUUCUUGCUCCUGGCACUAAUAUAAAGCACACCUCCUAACUGCUUGGUGCCAGUGCUAGUGCUUCAUCCUGUUGCUGGCAGUGGGAUGUGGACUAACAAAAUCAAGUUCUAGCAUUUUAGGAGGUUAAGGAUGAUGGUGUGGUUGUAGGGUCACACCCUGUUCUAUAAAUAUCAAAAUGGCAGAACCAUUGCUGACUUCUUAAGUUCACAUGAGGAAUGUGCUUUAAUAAUUCCCAGUACUGUCAGUAUUGUGAAAUAAUUCCUCCGAAAGUUAAGGAUCACUGGCUUCUAUGCUCUUCCUCUUUUCUGUCACCCUAUGUUCUUUUCCCUCAACUUUCCUAUGUUAUUUUAAAUAACUUACAUUUCAAAGUUUGAUUUUUUUUUAGUUUAGAUCCAUGAGGCAGUUUUAGGAUCAAAAUUCAUCUACUACCCUUUUAUGAACUUUUACUAGAAAACCAUUACAUUGUUGUUUUUCUUAAUCCAAGCCUAUAAAAUGACCUAUGAGUUUAUUCAUGUACAAUUUGGUUGCUUGAGUUCCUUGAAGAAAAAGAUUGUUAGACUAUGGGAGUCAACUCAACAUGGCAAAACUAUUUUUGCGAUGGUGAUGUAACAGGUAGUGGAAAUAGCUAAAAAAUUACAUAAAAAAUGAAAGUUGGGUGGUGGAAUUGCUCUAGGUAUCACUGGAUUAGAAUGAGUUUAACAUUAGCUAGAACUGUUUUGAGUUAUUUGGAUGAUUAAGAGAUUUCCAUUUUUAUCAUGAAAGAACUAGUGGUAAACAUCCAAGAGCACUAAGGUUUGUGAUACAGAAUUUGUGAGGUUAGGUGGAUUCACUCCAUCCCCCCUCCCACUUUACCAUGGUGAGUAUCACUAACAAAUUCCAUAUAUUUGGAUAUUGUGCCAGCCAUAUAAUCAAAUUUAUUUAAUUGGGAUGGGGGAGAUAUGUUUUUACUUUAGAAGAAUGAAAAGGACAAGAUUUAUGAGAAGUAUUUAAAGGCAGUACACAAUGGCCAGCUGUUGUCAGUUGGUAUUUCUGCAAGUCCAGAAUACUUUAAACCUGAUUUACUAGACCUGAGAACUUUCAACAUGGUCUGAUUACUUGCUCAAAGACAUGGAUGUAAAAAUUUUAGGCAACCUUCUAAACCUUUUUCACCAUGGAUGAAACUAUGACUUGAGUAAUACAUAGAAAGGAUUAAUUGGAACUAAGAGAGUUUGAAAUAAAACUUGGACCACUUUGCAUACACUCUUCUCACUUGACAUUUUAGCUACAUAAUAUGUACUUUGAGUAUAACAUCAAGCUUUAACAAAUAUUUAAAGACAAAAUCACAUCAAUUAAGAUACUAAAAGGCUCAUUUUUCUAUUUGUUUUAGAUGUUUUAAAUAGUUGCAAUGGCUUAAAAAAUGACGAUUUAAAAUGUUGCUUGUAAUACAGUUUUGCCUGCUAAAUUCUCCACAUUUUGUAACCUGUUUUAUUUCUUUGGGUGUAAAGCGUUUUUGCUUAGUAUUGUGAUAUUGUAUAUGUUUUGUCCCAGUUGUAUAGUAAUGUUUCAGUCCAUCAUCCAGCUUUGGCUGCUGAAAUCAUACAGCUGUGAAGACUUGCCUUUGUUUCUGUUUAGACUGCUUUUCAGUUUCGUAUUGAGUAUCUUAAGUACUGUAGAAAAGAUGUCACUUCUUCCUUUAAGGCUGUUUUGUAAUAUAUAUAAGGACUGGAAUUGUGUUUUUAAAGAAAAGCAUUCAAGUAUGACAAUAAUACUAUCUGUGUUUUCACCAUUCAAAGUGCUGUUUAGUAGUUGAAACUUAAACUAUUUAAUGUCAUUUAAUAAAGUGACCAAAAUGUGUUGUGCUCUUUAUUGCA